UAUUCAUUUUCAUCAAAAUAAAAAUUCAAAAUUACAGAAAAUCAUUUUAGAAGCCCCUUUUUAACUCAUUUACAAAAAUACAGCAAACUCUGAAAACCCGAUCAAAUUUUUAACAAAUUAAAAUUUUCGUAAUAAUAAAAAUUUUACCAAUUUUUAUCGCUAUUAUGAACCAGUUAAUUCGCAGUAUUAUUAAUCACUUUAGAGGUCCAACUAUUCGGCGUUAUUUGGUUAUAUUUCCCGAUUAUGAUGGAAUUCGGAAACCAUUGGUGCUAGAGGAUUUACGAUCGGAACGUGGAAUAAUGGACAAGAGGUCGAGGGAACUUCAUACCGAACAGAAGCGUAUUGAAUAUAUGCUGACCGAUUUAACGCGCUGCAUCAGGGGCUUGGAGUUCGAUUUAAAGGUGAACUCUGAGCGCCAGAAGAAGCAAAGGAAAGAUGAAACAUGCGAGGAAGAUCAACAGAAGCCGGGGAGCGGUCCAGUGAAUGCUGCCCCAGCCAGCGAUAAGAAAUCACCCAAAGUCAGUGAUUUCAGCGACUAGAAAAAAUUCCCCCGAAGUACUUCCCAGCCUAUCUGCGCUGGCACCAGGUGAUCGGCUAUAAAAGCCCCACUCCGCCAAAGAUGAACUAUCAGAAAUCGACACCCAUUGCCAAGAUGAAGUUCUACGGAAUCGCCUGCCUGCUGAUGGCCAUAAUCGGUUGCCUGCUCGCUCCCAGCUUGGCCUCCCCUCCACGCGCACCUCAACGUCCUAUAAUAUACGAUUCACCGAUCCCGAGGCCUCCAAAUCAGCCCAGGACCAUGUACGCUUAGUUUAGUUUAACAACAACAAAAAAAAAUGGAAAGUCGGUGUUUUUCAAUUCUUAUCAAUAUUAGGAACCAAACCAAUAACUAAUCAGCUAUGUAUGCUUUUAAAAGGAAAAUUUAUUGUAAGCUAUUUCGAUUAGGAAAGGUUAAUAAAAAUGUUUGAAAUAAGAAA